UCAGAUGUACAACUGUUGGAUCACAGUGGAGGCUUUGUUUGUUUGUACUCCACACUGAGUCACUUGUUAAUCCACCUUUAAUCCAUUUUAUUCCAGGUUUUAAAACAGGCUGUUUCACAAGGUUUCACAUGCAGACAGCUGGCGUAAAUCUCUUCCUGGUUUGUUAUUAAAUCACUUCGGACAACUUUGGUGUUGCGCAUUUAGAUCACAGAGAGAGGGCCAAACAAAGAAGCUACAGUCUACAGAGACAUUCUCAAACCGAGGAACCCAUCUUAGAGAGAAGAAAACAUGGCGGGUGUGUGUUCACAGGGCUAAUCUAGGUCAGAGGACAAUAGUAUUUGUCCUCCUGAGAAGUGAGUUACAACCUCUAAAAUGAAUCUCUCUGCAGAGAGAGAGGAGGGGGACACUUUUUCGAAAAAUAUUGUCUCAGGUGAGAAAGAGGAGCAGGAGAGAUCAGUGUCUCCUGUACCCAGCUGUGUGUCCAUGAAGAGUGACAUGUCAAUGGAUCCUCCAUUUCACUUCAGUAAAGAACCAUUGUCCAGUGAACAGGGGGUCCAUCAGCAGAGACCAGUGUCUCCUGUACCCAGCUGUGUGUCUAUGAAGAGUGACCGGUCUAUGGGACCACCAAUCAACUUUUCCAGUGAACAGGGGGUCCAUCAGGAGAGACCAGCGUCUCCUGUAACCAGCUGUGUGUCAAUGAAGAGUGAGAUGUCAAUGGAUCCUCCAUAUAACUUCAGAAAAGAACCAUUGUCCAGUGAACAGGGGGUCCAUCAGGAGAGACCAGUGUCUCCUGUACCCAGCUGUGUGUCCAUGAAGAGUGACAUGUCAAUGGAUCCUCCAUUUCACUUCAGUAAAGAACCAUUGUCCAGUGAACAGGGGGUCCAUCAGCAGAGACCAGUGUCUCCUGUACCCAGCUGUGUGUCUAUGAAGAGUGACCGGUCUAUGGGACCACCAAUCAACUUUUCCAGUGAACAGGGGGUCCAUCAGGAGAGACCAGCGUCUCCUGUAACCAGCUGUGUGUCAAUGAAGAGUGAGAUGUCAAUGGAUCCUCCAUAUAACUUCAGAAAAGAACCAUUGUCCAGUGAACAGGGGGUCCAUCAGGAGAGACCAGUGUCUCCUGUACCCAGCUGUGUGUCCAUGAAGAGUGACAUGUCAAUGGAUCCUCCAUUUCACUUCAGUAAAGAACCAUUGUCCAGUGAACAGGGGGUCCAUCAGCAGAGACCAGUGUCUCCUGUACCCAGCUGUGUGUCUAUGAAGAGUGACCGGUCUAUGGGACCACCAAUCAACUUUUCCAGUGAACAGGGGGUCCAUCAGGAGAGACCAGCGUCUCCUGUAACCAGCUGUGUGUCAAUGAAGAGUGAGAUGUCAAUGGAUCCUCCAUAUAACUUCAGAAAAGAACCAUUGUCCAGUGAACAGGGGGUCCAUCAGGAAAGACCAGUGUCUCCUUUUCCCAGCUGUGUGUCCAUGAAGAGUGACCAGCCUAUGGACCUGCCGAUGAGGUUCAGUGAUGAACCACUGUCAAAUAAAAGGCACCAAAAUGUCAGUGCUGAGGCAGAAAUCCAAGAGAAGCUCAAAUCAACUCUGAAGAAGAGAUUUCAGUGUGUUUUUGAGGGACUAGCACAGCACGGAAACCCUACAUUUCUCAAUGAUAUAUACACAGAGAUCUUCAUCACAGAAGGUGGAAGUGGCAAGGUCAAUAAUGAACAUGAGAUAAGACAGAUUGAGACAGCAUCCAGGAGACCGGCAACACAAGAUACACCAAUCAAAUGUAAUGACAUCUUUAAACCCUUACCUGGACAAGACAGGCAUAUAAAAGCUGCAUUGACAAAGGGAGUCGCUGGCAUUGGAAAGACCGUUUCUGUGCAGAAGUUUAUUCUGGACUGGGCCGAAGGAAAAGCUAAUAAGGAUAUUCAGUUCAUAUUUCCACUUCCUUUUCGUGAGCUGAAUUUGAUGAGGGCGAAGAGAUGCAGUUUGAUGGAACUUUUAGAUUCCUUUUUCAUGGAAAUUAAAGAAUCCAAAAUGAUUAACUAUGAUGAGUGCAAAGUCCUGUUUGUAUUUGAUGGUCUGGAUGAGUGUCGACUCCCUCUUGACUUCCAGAACAAUAAGACCUGUUCUGAUGUCUCAGAGUCAACCUCAGUCGAUGUGCUGCUGACAAAUCUUAUUAAAGGGAAUCUGUUACCCUCUGCGCUUCUCUGGACAACCUCCCGACCUGCAGCAGCUAAUCAGAUCCCUCCUGAGUGUGUUGACCAGGUGACAGAGUUACGAGGGUUCAAUGACCCACAGAAGGAGGAGUACUUCAGGAAGAGAUUCAGUGAUGAAAACCUGGCCAACAGAAUCAUCUCACACAUGAAAUCCUCAAUGAGUCUCUACAUCAUGUGCCACAUACCAGUGUUCUGUUGGGUUUCAGCCACUGUUCUAGAGAGAAUGUUGGGUGAAGCAGAGAGUGGAGAGAUCCCCAAGACUCUGACUCAAAUGUGCAUACACUUCCUGAUCUUUCAGACCAAACAGAGUAGUAGAAAGUAUCUUGGAGAAGAUUACAUUGAUAACCACUGGAAUACAGAAAUGAUUAUGAAACUGGGGAAACUGGCUUAUCAACAGUUGGAAAAAGGUAAUCUGAUCUUCUACGAGGAAGACCUAAGGGAAUGUGACAUUGAUGUCACAGAAGCAUCAGUGUACUCAGGAGUGUGCACACAGAUCUUUAGAGAGGAGAAAGGGCUAUGCCAGAAGAAGGUGUACUGCUUUGUACAUCUAAGCAUUCAGGAGUUUUUAGCUGCUCUGUAUGUGUUUCUCACAUUCGAAAACAGCAAUGUAAAUCUUCUCUCUCAAGGUGUAAAUAUUAAGACAAUGUCAGGAGAAACACCUGUAUUGUUUCUACACAAAAGUGCAGUGGACAAGGCCUUACAAAGUUUGAAUGGACACCUGGACCUGUUCCUCCGCUUCCUUCUGGGUCUCUCACUCAAGUCCAAUCAAACUCUCUUACAAGGCUUACUGUCACAGACAGGAAGCAAGUCGCACACCAGUGAGGAAACAGCCAAGUACAUAAAGAUAAAGAUCAGGAAGAAUCCCUCUCUAGAGAGGUGCAUCAACCUGUUCCACUGUCUGAGUGAACUGAAUGACAUUUCUCUAGUGGAGGAGAUCCAAAGCUACCUGAGCUCAGGAAGUCUCUCAGAAGCUGAACUGUCACCUGCACAGUGGUCCACUCUGGUCUUUGUUUUGCUGACUUCAGUGGAGAAGCAGGAUGUAUUCGAACUGAGAAAGUAUUUGCGAUCAGAGGAGGGUCUUCUUAUGCUGCUACCAGUGGUCAAAGCCACCAGAACAGCAAUCCUGAAAGAUUGUAACUUGACUGAAAGAUGCUGUAAGUCUUUGGCUUCAGCUCUCAGUUCGAACUCUUCUUCACUGAGAGAGCUGGACCUGAGUGACAAUAAACUGCAGGAUUCAGGAGUGAAGCUGCUCUCUGCUGGACUGAAGAAUCCAGGCUGUAAAUUGAAGACACUGAGGCUGAAGAGCUGUGGUACCACAAAGGUUGGCUGUGCUUUUCUGGCUUCAGCUCUGAGGUCAAACUCCUCCCACCUGAGAGAGCUGGAUCUGAGCAGGAAUAUCUUUGGAGACUCUGGGCUAAAGAUGCUUUCUACUGUACUGGAGGAUCCACACUGUAAACUGGACAUACUAAGCCUUUCUGGCUGUGGAGUCACAGAGGAGGGUUGUGCUUCUCUGGCUUCAGCUCUGAGGUCAAACCCCUCACAUCUGAGAGAACUGGACCUGACCAGCAACCAACCAGGAGACUCAGGAGUGAAGCUGCUCUCUGCUGUACUGGAGAAUCCACAGUGUAAAUUGCAAAAACUGAAGCUGUAUAACUCUAAAACCACAGAGGAAGGAUGUUCUUAUCUGGCUUCAGCUCUGAUGACAAACCCCUCACACCUGAGAGAGCUUGACCUAGGUGGAAAUAAGUUAAGAGACUCAGGAAUGAACCAUCUCUCUGCUGCACUGAAGGAACCACUCUGUAAACUGGAAACACUGAGGUUGUUAGGCUGUGGAGUCACAGAGGAGAGCUGUGCUUCUCUGGCUUCAGCUCUGAGGUCAAACCCCUCACAUCUAAGAGAGCUUGACCUGACCAACAACCAACCAGGAGACUCAGGUGUGAAGAUGCUCUCUGCUGUCCUGGAGGAUCCACUCUGUAAACUGGAAAGACUUUCGCUGAAAUGCUGUAACCUCACUGAGAAAUGCUGUGGGUCUCUGGCCUCAGCUCUCAGCUCAAACUCCUCUAGUCUGAGAGAGCUGCACCUGAGUCACAAUAACCUGCAGGAUUCAGGAGUGAAGCUGCUCUCUGCUGGACUGGGGAAUGCACACUGUAAAGUGGAAACACUGGGGCUGUCAUGUUGUUGGGUCACAGAGGAAGGCUGUGCCUAUUUGGCUUCAGCUCUGAGGUCAAACCCCUCACACCUGAGAGAGCUAGAUCUACUAAUGAAUAAACCAGGAGACUCAGGAGCGAAGCUGCUCUCUGAUGUCUUGGAAGAUCCACUCUGUAAACUGGAGAAACUUAAUGUAUAAUGCACUCUGUACAAUAUUUUUGUGUGAUAAAACUAAUACAUUUCCACCUUUUAAUGCAUUUUCAUACAUUUCAAGAAGAGUUUGCUGUGUAGAAAACGUUUCUGUCUGCAGACAUUUUCACUGCAUGUAUGGGGAAAUGUCACACAUUAACAUUGUUAUAACAAGAAACAAGGACUUUUGUUGCAUCCAUGUGAAAUGCUGGGUUGUUAUCUAAUAAUUCAGAGACAGCGGAUUGACUGACCUUCAUGUCUUAAAGAAAUGAUGGACUGUCAUUUCUCUUUGCUUAUUUGAGCUGUUCUUGCCAU